GCGCCAGUCGCCUCACACACACCGUGAGGUGCAUUGUACAGAACAACUCAAGCAUUGGCUCAUGAGUAAAUAUUUGACUUUUUCAAACUACCUUUUCAUGCCGUCUUUGAAGAAUAGCUCCACGUCGGCCGAGAGACUGAACAUGUAGACUCUUUUUAGUGCUGUUAUCUGAUGUGGAUUAGAUGGAGUACGGUACAUAAACUGAAUAAGUGACAGACAGGCUUCUCAGGCAGGUCCCUGUACAAGCUCCCCUCUUUGGUUGGUACUGGUCAAGACUCCCUGAAGGCAUGUAUGCUUGUUUUACGAUGCUGACUUAUUAACUAACUUUGAGGUUCAGGGAUACACUAGUAUGAAUAAUGCUGCAUGCUGGUGAAUCAUCACGGGAAUUGCAGUACAUAAAAUGAUUUAUUACCUUGAUUUCAUAUUUUGGAGGUAGAUUUUUAACUAGUCAAAUAAUGUGUUCGUACCUGCCGUCUAUCAUGGGCAGAGCCCAGAUAAAGGACUUUACUUAUCUUCUAAUCUACCCCAUUUGAAUUUCCCCUCACCCUUCUUUAUCUUCCUUGCCCUUUGAUAUCUUUUGUACUCCAUCUCUAAAUUGCUCACUUCCUAAGUGACUGCCUGUCGCCAGAAGUGGCCACAGCUGAAAAGUGGCGGGCUGUAUUCAAGACUAAGAAAGUGGUGGAUUUUUGGCCGUGAAUCCACAUUGACCAAUUCAUUAGAUUCUUCUGGGGUUUUCUUUUUUUCCGGCAGCAUGUUGCAGACAGUGAGCGAGUGGCUGUGGUGGGAGCGUCUGUGGCUGCCAGCGAACGUCUCCUGGUCCGACCUGGAGGACGGUGAAGGCCGCGUUUACGCCAAAACCUCUCAACUCCACGCUGCUCUGCCCUGCGCCCUCUGCCUGCUGCUCGUUAGAUACCUGUUUGAGAGAUACCUGGCCACGCCACUGGCUAAUGUUUGGGGGAUCAGGGACAGUGUACGCCUGACAGCGGAGCCAAACCCCCUCCUAGAAAACUAUUUUCGCUGCCGUGCACGCGCCCCAUCGCAGGUGGAUGUGAGGUCUCUGUGUAAGAAGACCAGCUGGUCGGAAAGGAGAGUCCAAGUGUGGUUUAAGAGAAGGAGGAACCAGGAGCGCCCAGGGCUUCGGAAGAGGUUCUGCGAGGCGAGCUGGAGAUGUGUAUUUUAUACUUUUGCAUUUGUCUAUGGGGUCCUAGCUCUCUAUGAUAAACCGUGGCUUUAUAACCUGAGGGAGGUUUGGGCCGGCUUUCCUAGACAGUCCAUGCUGCCCUCUCAAUACUUUUAUUACCUCUUGGAAAUGGGAUUCUACCUUUCUCUGCUCCUCAGCCUCACCUUUGAUGUGAAACGGAAGGACUUUAAAGAGCAGGUGAUUCAUCACAUAGCCACACUGACUCUUCUGAGUUUCUCUUGGAUUUCAAACUACAUUCGUAUCGGAACCCUGGUGAUGGCAGCUCACGACUGUGCCGACAUACUGCUGGAGGGUGCAAAGGUAUUAAACUACGCCAAGUGGCACCGGACUGCUAACGCCAUGUUUGUGGUGUUUACAGUUCUCUUUAUGCUGACAAGACUUGUCAUUUUUCCUUUCUGGCUGAUUCACUGCUCGUGGGUGUAUCCAAUGGAGGAGUUUGCUCCCUUCUUUGGCUACUACUUCUUCAACGUGAUGUUAUUGGUUCUUCAGAUGCUCCACCUCUAUUGGGCUGUUCUCAUUUCACGAAUGGCUUACAAAUGUAUCUUUAGCAAGCUGGAAGGCGACGAGAGAAGUGAUGAAGAAGAGGAUGACAGUGACUCACCGAGGGAAAGGGACAACAAAUUAAGUCACAAAAAUGGAACUGGAGCCAGAGACAGGGCCAAUGGCCACUGACGUGUACGGAAACAGAGAAAAGUGGAACAUGGAUAGCAGGACUGAUCCUUUUGUCCUCUACUCAUUCAGUCUCGGUUGCAACGGUUUGAAUCUAGUUGCAUAAUAAACAAUGAGUUUUUUUCUAAAGGAACUGUGAAUGAGUAUACAUAAAGAGCUAAGUGCA